GAAUAUCCCGUGGUGCGGGUGUGGGAGUUUUCAUUCAUUGCGCGACCCUACGAGCGAGCAGACGUGAGACGCUCCUACCGACUAGCUCCUGCCGAAUACGAAACGAUUGUCGUCGUCUGUUCGAAUACGCGCGCGUGUUUGUCUUGUUACUGCUCCUCUGCGCUUCUUCAAGCCCAAGAGGAGAAAGAAAGGCAAACGGUGGAAUCGAAAUCGAACCAAAUCGAACGACCAGCGUUUCUUCGACUCAGUGUGUGUGUUUUUUUUUUACUGUGCCACUUCGCGAUAUUUGUUUUGUGCCCACGAGAAAUCGUAAAGUUUGGUGCCCAACAGUACAGAGUGUGUCGUGUUCCUGUAACGUGUAAUACCUAGCACGCGAAAGGCUCAGAAAGAUUCGAGACGCCACUUUGUCGCAGACCGUGCGUGUGUGUCUUUUCUGGUUCGCGUGAAACUUGAUAGCGCCAUCAGUGUGUUAUCGGCAGCCCAGGCUGCGUGCCCUGAGCCGACAACGACGAGUGCAUUUACGAAAAAAGUGUCUUCCCACACCGGCGUCACCAACAAAUCCCUGGUUUUUUUUCUAUGUUCCGGUGUCCUUUUCGCUUUCGGGUGAGGACAAAUUUUCUCCACACAUUCACCGUCCGUCGACGUAGCGAAAGACAUAGUGAAAGCGGCCGCCAGUUAACCGUGUGCCGUUUGUCGAAGUAUACCGCCGGGAAUUAGAAAAGUCAAUUUUGGUGUUCUGUAGCGCAAAGUGCGAUCGAGAGAAAAGAAGGAGAAAGGCUUGCUUUGAUAAAGUGCGUUCCGUGCUGUGCCGAUUAGUAUCGCGAGUCAUCUAGUGAGCUUCGUUCAAGUGCGCAGUUCUCCUAUGUUUAUCCUCGUGGUUUAAGUUGCGUAAAAUGAUUGAAAACUUCGAGUCCAAGAUUACCUUCGAAAUACCGACGAAUCUCGACUUUGAUAAGCUCAUCCGGGGCAACAACUAUACGCUCUUCUGGCAGAACCUGCAGCACCAGCACCAGCAGCAGCAGCAGAGCGGCGGCGGCGGUACGUUCGGUGCCGGUGCAGCAGCACGCCUCGGAGCCGGUAUGGCCGACGCCGGUAGCUUUGGCUUUGGGUCGUCCCCAUCGUCCAGCCUGUUUGGUGCCAUCGAUUACAGCAACGGCAGCAGUGAUUACGGAUUGCUAAACAGCCUGCAAUCGUUCGCCAAUCGUGGCGGUGCCGGGCGUGAUGGCAUGAUCGGUGGCGAUCAGCUACUCGAUCCGACCUACGAGCGUUUCAUCGGCGACGUUUGGGUCGGCAUCGUCCUCACACUGAUGAUUCUCUCUUCGAUCUUCUGCAUGUGCUCCUGCUUCCUGUACCACAAGUUUCGCCAGUGGCAACGUAACGUAUUAACUGCCAGAUCGCAAACACUUUCGUCCAUGGACAUUGAGACGCCACCGCCGUAUGAUGUAGAGUCACUGCCCAGCUAUACGAUCGUCUCGGGACUACCGAGCUACCAGGAUGCGAUUGAGCAGCUGAAGCAAAAGCAGAUGAAAUACUACGAACCGAUCAAGGUACAUCGACCGAGCGUAAUGAAGCUGUUCGAACCGCAAGAUCUGUUGAUGACGAGUCCAAACAUUCCGAGCGCCUCGAAACGGGAGGAGAUCCGGUACACCUUCGCUAACCGGCCACUGUCGACCAUCGAGAUGGGCACGGAAGCACUGCCAGCCACUGGUGCAGCAGCUUCUGGCGCAGCUGAUGUUGAGACUAGCAGUUGCCAGCAGAUCGCAAUAACAAUAGAUCAACCGUCGACAGUUAAUCUUCCCGCGAUGCCGACGGUACCGCCACCACCGUAUAAGCGAGAAAUCUCGACAAUCUCGUCCACGAACUCGGUGGUCAUUGCCGAUCAGUCAGCCAACGGUCAACCGUCUCCCGAUCUCGGUACCACGGCGGAACAUCUGCCGACGACGAUGCGGUUCCCACAGGCGCAGAAAAAGAUCGACGUGUGCCAUUACGCGAUCGAGAACGAACGGCAGGCUGGGCGCAGUUGAGGCAGACGGACCUUGCGAUGCGCCUCUGCUACGGUGCACGUUUAGAGGUUACACGAACAGAAACAGAAACUACAUGCUGGACGAUGAAGGAUGAGGAUUACAAAUCACUCUCUGACUGUGUUAUUAACGAUUAAUUUAUUAGAUAGAUUCUAUUAAUGCGCUGCAGAAGCGAAUUGAGGAGAUCGGGAUUCCGGUUGAUAUGGGAGGGUUGACACGCAGCGAGUUUCUUGGCAGCGGGAGACUUAUCGGUGUUCCACGUAGUAGUUCUUCAUCCAUAUCCUGGUAUCGGUCAGCAGCAUCGCACGGCGGGCUCGUGAGUGUCUGGUUCAGCAGUGGAUUGAAAGUGUGGUCGGACACACACGGACGCAAGGCUUCAAAGGAAGCUUCCAAGAAAUACUCCAAACAUUUACCCGCGGAAAUCUCAUGUCCAAUGAACACAGUGAUCGUAAGAGGGAGACAGAAAGGAUUUGAAUAUAAACCCACACUAGUAGGAUCGCUAGUUGUUUAAGGAUUCUAGUCCGUUACGUAACGAUUUGAUCCUUUCGUUUCGUCUGCUCGCCAUCUGCGCGGUCGUCCGUGCGGAGGAUCCCGAUCGUUUUACAGGAUAGGUUUUCGCAUUUUACACAUUUGCCCAAUCGACAGGUUUGUGGCGACCUAGCGAGUAGUGUGUUUUAUUGUAAUAAAAUAACGAGAAAAUAUAAAAAAGAAAAAAAAACACCCUAGCGCCAUCGAUAUGGAGAA